AUGGCACCGACUACACUCUAUAGUCCCAAGUCAUUACUAUGUUUAUUGUGGGCCGAGGGGAACAUGGGAUAUCUUACUAGUACUAUUCCAGAACUUGCUCCUGAUGCGGUCACCUAUGAAAUGUGGGUGAUGGAGAAUGCUAUUGUGAAAAGUUGGUUAAUCGGUGCCAUGAAACCAAGUAUGAUGAAUUUGUUUAUUUAUCUUCCCAUUGCCAAAAAUAUUUAG